AUGCAGCGCAGAGGUUGGGACGACGACCGUUCGAUCCUUCAAAGAUGUCUAGAUGCGCUUACCCCAGACUUGUCGCGCUAUGGCGGCAUCCCAAAGACGAAGUCGCACACGAAGCUCAGAAAGGCCAACGAGCACGCGUGGAGCUCGGGCAUGAUCCACGUCUGCGACAACCAGCGGAUGGGCUGCUGCGUGCCCUGUGUGCAGGCGUGUCUGUGCGGGUUACAUUGCUGUGAGAUGACGAGGGCGAGGAGAGAGAUGCGAGUGAGGCUGGACAUCAAGGGAGCUUGGGCCGUCGACUGCUGCCUGGUCUGCGCCUGUCCUUGUUUGACGGUGUGUCAAGAGACCAGGGAGCUGGAGAUCAGGACGAAGCAGGUUUGGCAUCCCAUCUGGGGCUUCCGAGUGAAGACGCGAUACAACUCGAGCUUCUUGUUCUCAGGGCAGGCUCCGCUCCUGCACGACAUCUGCUGCGGAGAGGAGCGAUUAACAACGGUGGUUCCCUUCAAGACUCCGUUCCUCAAGAGCUUUCCUUACGGGCGAUUUGCUGACGAUGAGGAGGAGCUCUUGCCUCUUGAGAAGCCUGCCACCAGAGCCGCAGACGGAGACGACGAGACCGACACAAGAGAACAACAUGGAGUAGUCGGAGCCAGCGGCUCCUCGAUUACUGUACAUCACGACUGA